GUUAGUCACCAGCAGAAGAGAAAUUUCGAAAGAGACCUCACUGUCAGAAGGGCAGCCCACAACCACCUCGGCUCUCAGAGGAGACUGAGCUCCUCAGUGAAUGUGUCUGAAGAGUGGACCAGUGUGUCUGUCCACUAGGCAUGGAACCAAAGCGGAUCAGGGAGGGCUACCUCGUGAAGAAGGGAAGCAUGUUUAGCACCUGGAAACCCAUGUGGGUUGUACUGCUGGAAGACGGAAUUGAGUUUUAUAAGAAGAAAAGCGACAACAGCCCCAAGGGAAUGAUCCCCCUGAAAGGAAGUACUCUCACCAGCCCCUGUCAGGACUUUGGCAAAAGGAUGUUUGUAUUGAAGAUCACUACAACCAAACAGCAGGACCACUUCUUCCAGGCAGCCUUCCUGGAGGAGAGAGAUGCUUGGGUUCGGGACAUCAAGAAAGCCAUUAAAUGCAUCGAAGGAGGCCAGAAGUUUGCAAGAAAAUCCACAAGGAGGUCCAUUCGUCUGCCAGAAACUGUUGACUUGGGGGCUUUGUAUCUGUCCAUGAAAGACACUGAAAAGGGAAUAAAGGAGCUGAAUCUGGAGAAGGACAAGAAGGUUUUUAAUCACUGCUUCACAGGUAACGGUGUCAUUGACUGGCUGGUUUCUAACAAGCUGGUUCGGAAUCGCCAGGAAGGCCUCAUGAUCGCUGCAUCACUGCUCAGCGAAGGGUACCUGCAGCCUGCUGGGGAUCUGUCUAAGAAUGCGGCCGAUGGAAUAGCUGAAAACCCUUUCUUGGACAACCCCGAUGCUUUCUACUUCUUUCCAGACAGUGGAUUCUUCUGUGAAGAGAAUUCCAGUGAUGACGAUGUGAUUCUGAGAGAAGAAUUCAGAGGGGUCAUCAUCAAGCAGGGAUGUUUACUGAAGCAGGGUCACAGGAGGAAGAACUGGAAAGUGAGGAAGUUCGUCCUGAGAGAAGACCCGGCCUACCUGCAUUACUAUGACCCUGCUGGGGGUGAAGAUCCCCUGGGAGCAAUUCACCUGAGAGGCUGUGUGGUGACAUCAGUGGAGAGCAAUCCCGAUGGCAAGAAGAGCGAUGACGAGAACCUGUUUGAGAUCAUCACAGCAGACGAAGUUCAUUAUUACUUGCAGGCGGCCACUCCCAAGGAGCGUACUGAGUGGAUCAAGGCUAUCCAAGCGGCUUCACGGACUGGGAAGUAAGGACAAUGUUCCAGUCAUCAUCCCCUCCUGAGGGAAGCACUUGUGUGGAUAAAUAAGCCCAGUCCAUGACUUGUCCACGCCCAUGACAAUUCUACCAGAAAAAAGUAGGAGUGAGAAGUGUUUGUCUCCAUGUAACGAACCGUGUGCCACAUGAUGUUACCUGCACCAUGCACUCACUCUAGUCUCUCUACCCCGUCUGUCUCACAAGCCAUAUAACGAACUAUGAGAGGAGGAGGUGACACAGGCUUUCCAGGCCUUGGGGCCUCGUGUGGAAAAUGAAGGCAUGGACUAGGAUAUCUCUGAGGUCCUUGCUAGUUGAAAAAAAAAAAGCCAAAUAGCAAAUAAAUACAUAAUGUCCUCUGAUUAUAAUACCCAUAGAAGUGAAAUUGUCUCCAAUUGUCCUGCUGGCAUCCUUUUGGGGCCAAGUUGUGGCUCUCAGCUCUCAUCACAUGUGCCAGGUCUUAGACAUCGCCUGUCUUUGAAACUGUUACCAAGGUGUACUGAGAACACUGAGUGAUUCUUUGUUCCCUGGUCAUUUAGCUGUCGCUCUUGGCUGAGAUUAUGUGAAGUAAUGAGGCAGUAUGCUUGCUUUCUAGUCUGCUCACUCAGACACUUCUCAAGAGCAGCUUUCUGUCUUCAGGGACUUUCCACAGCCUUUGCUGUAGUAUUUCCUGAGAAAUGGACUCAAGGAAGCCACAGCCAGCCGAGGGUCUUCCAGGUGCUGCAGAUGCUUACAUUAAGGUCUGGAAGUCUCCCUUGUGUUUUUCUGAGAGCAUUAUGCAUCACUUCUCAUAACUAGAAGGUGACCCCAAGCCCUUGAGUUUCUCUUGAGGUUUACGGAAAAGUGGUUCCUGUGGGGUCCUUGAAUGUGUGAGGGGCCCGGGCAGCUGUCUGGCUAGUGUGUCACUCAUCUGCAGAGAGUGGACAGGACUGGGCUGCAAGGCAAGCUGAACAGAUGACAGACCUAUGCAGUGUCAGUACUGAGGGCCUGGAAUCUAUGCAGAGCUUGUGGUGCAGGCUGUCAAAGUCAUGGAGAUCCUACAAACCUCCCCUUCUCAAUACCACGUAGUUCCCUAGUCUGAAGUGCACGCAGCUUCCAUUUGGGCUCUGAGAGCUUCCUGGUCCUGUUCAAAAUGGAAGCUCGUUUGUAACUUUUCACUCUGACUAAUCACUAAUUACUUCUGUUCCAAAGUAUGAAACAAAGUAUUCAUGUAAA